GAGGCUCCCGCCUGCUUGUGCCCAUGACUUUCACCCGGAUUCGUGCAGCGUGCAUCCGAGUGCUGGCCCCCAAAGCGAGGUGGGAAGAGGAGAAACAAGACGACGGGGUCAAAUGGCAUAAGUUGCACCACAAAGGACCUUACUUUGCUCCACCUUACGAGCCACUCCCAAGCUCCGUCAAAUUCUACUACAAUGGCAGGCCUAUGAAACUCAGCCGGGCCGCCGAGGAAGUGGCGACGUUUUUCGCCAAGAUGCUGGACCACGAUUAUGCACGCAAGAAGGUUUUCCGGGACAACUUUUUCUGUGAUUGGAUGCAGGUGAUGACUCCUCAAGAAAGGAAGAAAAUCAAAGACCUGAAGAGGUGCGAUUUCAGUGACAUCCAUCACUACUUUCUGGAAAAGCAAGAAGCCCAGAAGGCUUUGCCCAAGGAAGAAAAACAGGUGCAGACCAAAGUCAAGGAGGAAGCCCGAUUCGCUUAACAACGGUUUGACUAUUGUGAUGUCCCAGGACACGACACAGAGAUAACACAACCAUCUGGCUGUUCAAACCGCCCUUUUAUUGCUCCGAAUUUCCCCAAACGUUCCCCCUCCCUCAAAAAAAAUUUCUUUCUCUCUCCCAGAGAUUCAAAGGCCCCUCGGCCUCCACGCGGUCACAAGUGGAGGGAAGUCCGGUGCGACAACACGGUUACCUGGUUGGCAUCCUGGACGGAGAACAUUCAGGGCUCCAUCAAAUAUAUCAUGCUGAACCCAAGUUCCAAGCUGAAGGGCGAGAAAGACUGGCAAAAAUACGAAGUGGCGCGUCGGUUGAAGAAGCUAAUUCACCGGAUCCGACGUCAGUACCGGGCAGACUGGAAAUCCAAGGAGCUGAAGAAGCGGCAAAUAUCCGUGGCGCUCUAUUUCAUUGAUAAGCUGGCCCUGAGGGCGGGAAACGAGAAGGAGGAAGGCGAGACGGCUGACACGGUGGGCUGCUGUUCUCUGCGAGUAGAACACAUCGCUCUGCACUCACGGCAGGGCGGCAAGGAGAACGUGGUGGAGUUUGACUUCCUGGGCAAGGACUGCAUCCGUUACUACAACAAGGUGUCCGUGGAGAAGCAGGUGUUCAAGAACUUGAAGUUGUUUAUGGAGGCGAAAGAACCUGGUGAUAACCUGUUUGAUAAGCUUUCUACAGCAACGCUGAACAAACAUCUCCAGGACCUGAUGGAUGGGUUGACAGCAAAAGUCUUCCGGACUUACAAUGCGUCCAUCACGCUGCAGGAACAGCUGGGAGCACUGACCAAUGAGAAGGACUCCCUGGCUGCUAAGCUCCUCACCUACAACCGAGCCAACCGAGCCGUGGCCAUUUUGUGCAACCACCAGCGAGCAACUCCAAAGACCUACGAGAAGUCCAUGAAGAACCUCCAGGCAAAGAUAGGUGCCCGAAAGGAUCAGCUGGCCGAGGCAAAAGCGAGGCUGAGAAAGGCCAGGGCAGAACACAAGUGCAAGAAAGAGGCGAAGUCAAAAGCUGCCGUCGAAAAGAAAAAGAAACUGGUGAAGAAGAUCGAAGAACAGCUGGCGAAGCUGAAAUUGCAGGCUAUGGACAAAGAGGAAAACAAGCAGAUCGCGAUGGGCACCUCUAAGUUGAAUUACCUCGACCCCCGUAUCACCGUGGCCUGGUGCAAGCGGUUUGAUGUGCCCGUCGAAAAGGUGUACAACAAAACUCAGCGAGAGAAGUUUGCGUGGGCCAUUGCGAUGGCGGAGGAAGAUUUUGUAUUCUAAAGGGAUCUAGGCUAUUCCCGGCUUGUUGUGGGGCCGCUCGUUGGCAUGUUUUUGUGUGCCUUUACUAGCAGGGAGGGCUGUUUUGCGCCUACAAAAUACAUCUAAAGGAGAACGGAGAGCCUGUUUUUCCUACUUCCGUGUAAAAGGGGGACCGUCCUCCUUUAUUUAUUUAUGAGUAGCAUUGGUUCUCCAUCCUGGUCUGUGAGGAUGCUGGACCGCUCACAAGAAGAAUAGUUCUGGAACAGGAUUAGUCAGUGUUCUCAUAGCUUCCUCUUCUCGGUUUCUCAGGGAUGGUCGCGGCACGAGAAGAUCCAACUGUCUUGAACUAAACCAGGAGUCUUCAAACUCAACAGCUUUAAGGCUUGUGGACUUCCACUCCCAGAAUUCCUCCUCCUCCAGUUACGUUAGCUCGGGAAUUCUGGGAGUGGAAGUCCACAAGUCUUAAACAUGCCAAGUUUGAAGACCCUUGAACUCAACCUUCAGCUUCUUUCCCCAAGACUUUUAGGAAAAGCCCCUCAUGAAUUGGAAAGUUAGGUUGGGUAAUGUAUUGUAAAACUCAACUUCUUGAGUUCUUGUACACCGCUGUUCGUUGAAGGCCAAGUUCUUGAUGUCCUUGAGAUAUGGUGGACCACCAACACAAAAGAAAGGAGCUAAAGAUCUUUGGAACAAUUUGUUACAUCUAGAGGAUCUCUAGUGCAGGGAAAGACGUAUCACCGUCAUGUUCCCUUGGCUCAUUCAAUGUUGUCUUCUAAUACUUUGAGGAGACACAUGGAACCCAGGAAGAAAUGAGACUUGUAUGCCAUGUGAUGCAUUUUCUAACUUUCCUCCUCCUUGGGUGCUCCUCAACCACCUGAAGUCCUCACCCUUUAGUGGGGAAUCUCAAACAUCAGCUAGAACCAGCUGAGUGGCUUCUUUUGGGAGAAAAGACACAGAGGGAGAUCCCUCCAUCCUUAAUUGGACUUUGGUCAAGAUGCCAGCAGAGGUGCCUUCAAAAAUCUGGAUUAGAAGAAGAGUAACUCAAGACUGUUCUACACACAGUUUUGGCACACACACUAACGAGAAGUUAAAUUUGUCACCGAGUAUUUGUAGUAGUCACUGUGCAAAAUUAUUCCAGUCAGGAAAGAUCUGUAGAUGUUACCAUGAACAUCUACAAUUCAUGGCCAGAUUAGCAGUAAACAUCUGCAAUUCAUGGCCAGACUAUGAUGGUUUGGUUUAGUACACAGUGUAGCAAAUGCUAGACUUUCAAACCAACAAAAGACACAACAUUUACACCAGGGUUACGCAACUAUGACCCUUUCACCUCAGCAUGGCUCAGGAAUUCUGGGAGUUGAAGUCCACAGAUCGUAAAGAGGCCAUAGUUACUCAACCCUGGUCUAGACUACCAACUUCUUGAGUGACGAAUUCCAGAGUGUAUCUGGAACCAUUAGUAGGUGGAAUCUACUAAUGGCUCCGUUCCCUGCAGAAUUAAUAUUCUGGGUCAUCUAAUGAGUCCAGGUUGAUAAUCUUCCCACAAAAAGGAGGGCGGUGGCAAUUGUAGGGUUAAAACGUUUCAAUGCCACAGACUAAACAUUCAUCAGUUUUACUUGUGGGCACACACGUGCCUUAUUUCAAUUCUGUUUCCUUAAUUCAGCCCUUGAGGUUGGUGCCCCCAGUGAUUAAAAGUAUUCUUAGAUCUUUCUAGGGACACUUUCAGGUUUAUUGGGUGUUUUUCUGAGAACAAGAUAAGGUGGCAUUACAAAACAAAUAAUAUUUGAGUUUCUGAUUAUGGGCUGUUAAUCAAAACGGAAAAGAAUUCGCUCCAGAAUCAGUUUGCUUACCUGGUAAAGCAUAAGAGAAAAAAUAAUAAUAAACUUUUUCUAGUUCAGUGGCCAUCAUAGGAAUGAAUGCUGCUGAUUGGGGGUGAUGGACACUUGUAUCCAAGACAGAAG